AUGGCAGCCCUCAGCUCCCAAAAGUACACGCCCACCGAGGAGGCCGAGAUCCAGCAGUGGCUCACCACCUCGGAGCGCCUCAAGUCCGCCGACAGCAAGUCCGAGAUCCUCGAGACCCUCAACGGCCACCUCUCCAGCCGGACGACCCUGCUCGGCAGCAAGCCUAGCAAGGCCGACGUCGCCAUCUACGAGGCCCUCGCGCCCAUCGUCGCCAAGUGGACGCCCGAGGAGCGGACCGGCGAAAAGGGCCUCCCGCACAUCGUGCGUCAUGUGGACUUUGUGCAGAACGCGCCCGUCUUCGGGCUGGAGCUCAAGGACGAGCAAAAGGUCAAGGUCGACCAGGAGGAGGUCCUGUAUGUCAAGCCCCCCGUCGACGCAAAGGCCGAAAAGGAGCGCCUCAAGAAGGAGAAGGCUGCCGCUGCCGCUGCCGCCUCCGGAGGCAACAACGCCACCCUCGCCGACCGCACCAAGGAAAAGGCAAAGGAGGUCAAGGACAAGGCCAAGGAGGUCGUUGCCGAAGCCAAGGGCACUGCUGCCGCCGCCGCUGGAGGCGACAAGCCCAAGAAGGAGAAGAAGGAGAAGGCUCCUAAGCCGCAAAAGGCCCCCGCCGCUGCCGCUCCCCUGUCCCCUUGCCUGAUCGACCUGCGCGUCGGCCACAUCCUCAAGGCCAUCAACCACCCCGAUGCCGACUCGCUCUACGUCUCGACCAUUGCAAUGGGCGACGCCCCCGGAACUGAGGACACCACCGAGUACGAGGGCCAGGUCUGCCGCACCGUGUGCUCCGGCCUCAACGGCCUUGUGCCCCUCGAGGAGAUGCAGGGCCGCAAGGUCGUCGUCGUGGCAAACCUCAAGCCCGUCAAGAUGCGCGGCAUCAAGUCCUGCGCAAUGGUCCUCGCCGCGUCGCCCAAGGUCAAGGAGGGCGAGGUCGACGACCACAAGGGCCCCGUCGAGCUGGUGACGCCCCCCGAGGGCGCCAAGGCCGGCGAGCGCGUCUUCUUCGAGGGAUGGCAGGGCGAGCCUGAGGGUGUCUUGAACCCCAAGAAGAAGAUUUGGGAGACAUUUGCGCCGGGCUUCACAACGACGGAUAAUCUCGAGGCUGCAUUUGAUGCGAGCGUUGUUGAGCAGCUGGGUAAGACGGGUGUCGGCAGGCUGGUGACUGUGAGCGGCGGUGUUUGCACAGUCAAGUCUCUCAAGGGCGCUACUGUCAGGUAA